UGUGCGCGAAUGCAUUUCGAAUGGACCCGUGGCGUUGUCCAGUGUGAUAUAUCUGCGCGUAAUCUCGCGAAGACAUCUCCCGCGGCUGCGCCCAGCCGCGCAUCUCGGAUCGGAUCGGCAACGCGGCGAUCGUGCGCGACCCGCUGACCGUGCCGUUCGCGCGAGAGAGGGAAAGAGAAAGAGCGAGAGGGACUUUUUUUUAAAGGCCCGGGCGUGUUUAUAGUUCCACGCUCGCGCGUGUCGAGAGGUCCGCACGGUCCCUACGGUCGCCCUCUCGUCGGUCGACCUCGCGGUACUUUAAACGCGCGCUACGAAACAGUGGCGUCGUCCUCGGAUUACUCGGAUGUCUUUGGAUGACAGCAUUGAAUUCCUUGAUUUCGAUUUUGGAUUAAAUUGGAAUUUCUGAAUCGCCGUCUCCUCGCGCUCCUUCGGACUCGACCGAGCGCGUCGCGGCGGGGACACGAAGCGAUUCUCCGUGUCGCGAAUCGAGACACUGGUGAUCUCGCGAGCGUCGGAAGCCGAAAUAAAUAACGGAACAUCAUCCGCAGUUUCGUUCAAAGUGAAGUACCUUAAUCCUGAUUCGAGUCUCAACAGGUUCUCGAGUAUCUCGAGAGUAAUCUCUCAAAGAUUCGGAUUGACGAACGGUGAAUGUUCGCAGUCGAGGAGCAUCGAGAGAUCCAUCGAUCCAUUUUUCGUCCACCGGAUUAAUCCGAGAAGGAAAAGAUUAUGGGAUGAUAGAAAGUGCAGCUAAGAGAGAAACAUUCGCCAACGGUAGUAAAACAACUUGUACAAGUGAGACGGGAAUUCGCCGGAGGACGCGAACCUUCGGAAGAGCGCGGCUUGGUCUCCUCAGCCCUCCAGAUAUGUGCCCGACGGCGCGAGGACGCACUUGUGCCCCUUUCUGCGUUCGACAACUCUGGGUCUUUCGACGGUGUUAACUCCUGGAGACAUGAAUCUGGAACGGCCGACAAUGGACGGCGGACAGCAGCCGCUCUUCUUAGGCAGCACUUCCGGCUGGGGUGGUAUCUCCAGCCCCCAACAAUCCACCGUGCAGAGUGCCAACACCCCGUCGGAACACUACGGGGGACCACUGAGUCUGAACAUCUACAUAUCUGAUUCGGGUCACGAGAUACUCCGUCCAAAGCCGCGGCGACCGGGCGGUAGCAACAGCCGCGAGAUAUAUUGCCCCCCUUACUCUAAGGAUUUCACGGAGAAUUCCCCUAAAAACGGAGUUCACGACAUGGUCUAUAUGAUACCGGAAAGGGAUACGGAUAGCGUAGCGCCGACACCGACUCCACAACAUCCACGUCACUCCCAACACCAUCAUCUCAGUUUACACGAACUUCGUGCGCUUCAGAGGCGGCCGGAAUGCACCGGCAACAGUUCCUCCGAUGAGAAUCGAUCGUCUGGACACGCGAGCAUGUCGGACACUGGCGGCCACACGAGCAGUAGUUCGCCGCCACAUCGUCACCACAGGGCCCAUAGUCCUCAGCAAUUGAACGUCGUGCCCGAGGACGAUCGACUUUCGGCGUCAGUUACUCAGAGAAACGGCAGGAGCCGAUCCGGCCAGAGCCGCAAUCGGCACCGUGCUACUCCCGCAAAGUUACAGGUGCCAUGGUCGGGCUCCGGUUUGGAGGACAUAAAACUGGCGAUCCAACAGCUGACGAUGCGCUCACACAAGUCCUCAUCAACGUAUUCCUCUCUGAGUGGGUCGGAGAGCUCGGAGCCGGCAGUAAGGAGGUUGAUGCGACAUUCCAGCCUGGAGACGAUCAACACCAAUGUAACCAGCGCCGACGAAUUUGUCUGGGUGGAUUCUCACAAUCGUUUGGUGGAACUGCAGCAGCUACCGUGGACCCAUCACGACGUGCUACGUGUACUUCAAAACGGUCGUACAAGAGAGCACAUGGAGCAAGUCUCGAUGGAGACGAUUCCGCGGCUCUCCUAUCUUCUGCAACGCGCCUUAGUCAGGAUUAGCCGCGAGACUCAGAGAUUAGCAAAGCCCAUAGGUCUAUGCAGCAAACACGAGGUGUACAGUGCCUUUAAAAUCGUUCUUUGCCCGGCCCUGGCGGAUUCUUGCACCAAGGCUUGCCUUCGAGCUGCUGCGAUGUUCGCCGUAUCGGGCGAUCAACUGAAACAAUCGAAGGCAUCCCGUUCGGGGCUGCAAUUGCCGGUCGGACGUUUCUUACGCUGGAUGUCCGAUGUGAGACUGGGACGGAUGAUUCACGAGUACGCCGCGAUAUAUCUGACGGCUGGGAUCGAGAAUCUCCUGGAGGAAAUACUGCUACAGUGCGUGCCGACCGAGCCGCAUACGACCCUCACGGCGACGAUGCUGGAACACGCUAUAGCCAACAGUGGUGACUUAUGGGGCUUAUUGCAACCGUACGCGCACCUCAAUGCCGGUCGAACGGCAUCAGGCGCUCUGGCGAUGCCUCGUUGGGCGAGUGUAAGUUCCUUGAACUCGUCAUCGUCAUCGCGCAGCGGGCGGGACGCAGCCCAGUCGGCUUUGGAACCAUCGUUGCUCACGACCUGCGUGGGAUCGAUGUCGGAAUUGAUAGAUCUGAUUUCCAAAGUUGCGCAAGCGGGACGCUGUUCUAUACCGCUGACAACGAGAGCGUUACAUGCCUUGUUUUAUUACAUGAGAUGUUCACAGUUGGAGCACGGUGAACGCGGAUCUGGAAUACAGGAAUUAGCAUACGAACGAGCUUAUGUGGUGUUGCCACCGUUAAUAGAAUGGUUACGGGUAGCCGCAGCACAUGCGGAGCACAGACACGGUUUAGUCAUGGAUCAAGAUGACGUUAAUCAAGCUGCCCGACUAUUAUUGCCGGGUGUAGAUUGUCCCGUGCGACCGACAAGCUCCGAAGAAAUCGCAGUGUGUUCAAAGCGCAUCGACGAUGCCGAAUAUGUUCGAAUGCUGACGUUGGACAUGGCCUUCAAGAUGUUGAUUAGCGGGCGAACGGAUCUCAUAGCCCAAGCGAUGCCUCUGCUGCCUCCGACGAAGAUCAACACGGUGAAUGAUUCCGGAUUUACGGCUCUGAUGUUGGCGUGUAUCAACGGUGACGAAUCAGCUGUGAUGACUUUGCUGGAUGCCGGAGCAGAUUUGAACAUCGAGAGCCCGCCACCAACGACGAGCUCAUCAUCGAGUACACCUGCUAAGAUCCCGCAAGCAUCCAGUGUACCGAAUAUUAGAAGUCCGAUCAAUCAAUCGGCAAUGAUAACGCCUAAUAAAGCGAUACCAAACGCGAACGUAGCACCUGGUAGUCCCAAUGCUGGUCCUGGUGGAGCUAUCCCUGGCGGCGCGUAUUGCGCGCAGACCGCCUUCAAUGCGGAGACGCAACACUGGACUGCCCUGACUUAUACGGCUCUUUUGGGUCACUGCAAUAUCGCCAGAAUAUUGUUGGAGAGAGGUGCUGCGGUAGAAGGCGGGGCGAAACUCAGCGAGGAUAAGUGUACGGUUACGCCUUUGCAAGCGGCCACAGCGUCGGGAAACAACGAGAUGGUAGCUCUACUUUUGGCACACGGAGCACAGCCGUUUUUGUCCACUCUGAUCAAAGAUUCGUUCUCCUACUCAGGUUCCGCGCAACGUGGUUGUUACAGCGCAAUCUCAGUGGCUACGGCGCACGGCCAGAGAAGCUGUCUUCAUCAACUGCUAUCGCAUCCACUCAAUUUCUCGGCCAAGCGAGGAGAGAAGGAGAUAUUAUCCUUAGAAGAGAUAUUAGCGGAAGGUAACGCCGGUAAUAAUUCUCAGCAGCAGACUGCCGAAGGAAGAGGAGCUCGCAGAGAAGGCAAGGAACCAGUAUUUAAUAAGAUUCAGACGAAGGCGCUACAGGAAGCAAUGUAUCAUAGCGCGGAAAGCAAUCAUUUAGAUAUUACCAUGGAACUUCGUGGACUGAAAGUAGGCUGGACGCUACACUGCUGGAUGCACAGUCUCGCAACAGCUCAUGAAAUGCGAUUAGAUUCGGUUAUAGAUCAACUACUCCAAGACUUUCUUCAAGUCUGCCCGGACGACUAUUCCACGCAAUUCGUCCAAGAGUGUUUACCGCUUUUAUUCAAUAUUUUUAGAUAUAGUAAGAAGGAAGGUACGACGCUCUUGCUCGCUGAUAUAUUUUGCACAUGUUUUGGAUGGGAAUCAAUCAAGCCGAUUAGGGAUACUACACUUUCGAGUGGAUCGAGAAUCGAUCCGAAAUUUGUGAAUAAUCCCGAAUUAAGCGAUGUACAAUUUAGAGUCGAAGGUCGCGUUUUCUAUGGCCAUAAAAUCGUGUUGGUUACAUCUUCCCCGAGAUUUAGGAAUAUGUUAAGUUCUAAAUUAUGCGAAGGAAAUCCUCCCAUCGUGCAAAUUAAUGACAUAAGAUAUCAUAUAUUUCAGAUGGUUAUGGAAUUUCUUUAUCAUGGCGGUUGCGCCACUUUGGAAGUUAAUCAAAGUGACGUCCUGGAAUUAAUGGCGGCAGCCAAUUUCUUUCAACUCGAUGGCUUGCUCAGAUACUGUGAAGCACAGUGUUCCACGAUGGUGGAUCUUGACAAUAUCGUUUCUAUGUAUAUUCAUGCAAAGGUGUAUAAUGCAGCACAACUUUUAGAAUAUUGCCAAGGAUUUCUAUUACAAAAUAUGGUAGCUCUGUUGACGUAUGAUGAUUCAGUUAAGCGUUUGUUGUUUGCGAAAAAGUUACCGAAUCAUGACGUGCUCGCGGGUCUAUUGCUCACGCUGCAAUCACGAAUAAAAGCCAGGCGAUCUCAACAACAAAAGACAAAAGCUUAGAUAUAUAUGCACUUUUGCGUCAUAUGCAGAGAAACAUGAAAUAUAUAUAAAGCUAUAUAUGAUAGCUAUAUAAAAA